AGCUCAUACAUUUGUAUAAAUAUAUGUCCACGAGAGUGUAGGAAAAGUGGGGGAGCGACCUCGGAUUUUAUUUUGGUCGUUGGUACGACGACGAUCUUCGGGACCGCUCUCUCGCUCUCGCUCUUUCCCUCUUUCUCUCCCUUCCUGCGCGUCUUUCGACUCGUUCGGUGCCGCGGGGUGGAUAAUUCGCCGGGUCGCGAGAGAGCUUCAGUCGGGCAACAUGGAGGACAGUUACACGGUGCAUAGACGCCGCAAAGCUGCAGCACGAAAGCGCGAAAAGACACCGGAACCGCCGCGCCGUCGCCCAGAGGAUGUUACGGAAACGGACGAGGAGGAAGAUGCGAGAGCGAGGAUGGAGCGGAUGGUGAGAGAGACGGAAAUGCUCGAGGAACUUGACGAGAAAAAAAGGGGUGAGAAUGAAAAAAGCGGCGAGGGCGCCGAAAAAUCGACGAUUUCGGAAGAAAAGCCGCAGCGCGUGAUGAAGAGAGCUGUAUCACCGGAAGUGCGACGUCGAGACGGAGAGAAUCGCGACAGUGGUGAAAAAUUGGACGGGAAGAGUCAGGCCGAAGUGUCAAAACGAGGGAAGAGUGAGAAAUCGGAAAAAACCGGACGUCGCAUCGAACCGAAGCGGACUUCGGGUUUGGAGGCCUCGCCGGAAGUGGAGAACGUAGCGACAGUCCGGGUCGAAGAGACCUCGAAAAAAGCGACGAAAAACGACGCCUCGAGUUCGAGAAAUCGUCGCGAUCCUCCGAGGGAUUUGUCUCCGGAAGUGAUGGAUAGCGGGAGCAGUUCGACAGGGAAAAAAAUGGCGGCGGAUGUUGAGAAACCGGAGAAUAUUCGAUCCGACGAGAGGAAUCGCGAGGAGGAGGCACGGAGCCGAAAUUUUGGCAAUUCUAGAAAAACAUCUUCUAGGGCGCUUGACGAGGCUGAACGAGAAGCAGAAACGAAAAUCCUCGACGAGAAUAGACGCGAGGCUGUACCACGUGAGAAUUACACGGACUCUGCGGUCUCGGGGCGGAGCGGCAAAAGUUUGAAAUACGAGCGUCAAGAGACCCCGGCGGCGACGGGACCUCGUGAAAUUGAGGGAAAAUCGGUGAAACAUGCGGCGGAAGAAGAAAAAGUGCGAAGGGAAGUGACGUCGCCGUCGAAAGGGCGAAGCUCGGAGGGUCGAACCGCGGCAAGAGUACCCUCGAAAAGAUCGAGCAAGGAUCGCCUCGAGAAAACCGGUUACACCACCGAUUCCAGCGAAACCGAGGAAACUGUAAAGCCUCUCCUGAGGCGUAAAAAAUCCCCGGAAGGGGCGAGAUCGAGAAGUUGGAGCGGGAAAAAAAUAGCCUCGCGGUCGCGACCCACUACCGACACCGAAGGCGACGAACAGCAGCAAGAGGGAAGGAAACGAGUCGACAAAAGGGUCACUUCUCGUCGCAGACGAAGCAGCGGAACCGAGGACGAGGAUUUGAACCUCGGAGACCGGCCUCGCAGUCCGUCGACUCGAGCUGACAGAGAAGUAAUGCCGCGAGCACCGCCUAGGCUAGUGGAAAAAGCAAAAGGCGACAAAAAAUCGGGCCGAUAUUCGAGCGAUCUUAGCGACGACUGUACCAAAACAAUGAGCAAAAGCGAAACUUUUCCUUCCAACAAAAGCGCUCGGGAAAAAUCUCCCUCGCGAACGAAAUCUAGCCCGGAAAUGAAAAAGCAAAUCAUACCGCUGAGCGACGACAGUCUCAUGGAAGAUUUUGAACGAGCGCAACUCGAUUAUCUACGAAAAGAACGAUCGAUUUUCGAUCCCGAUCCCCUCGACGAUUACGUCGAUCCCAGUAUGGAAGCUGCCUUCAGGCGAAGGAAAUUUAGCAUCGUUCAGUCGAAGGAGGUAGUGAAAUCGGUGGCCGAGAAUGCUCCGUUGAGCGAGAAAAAGUCGUGGUUUUCUUGGAUUCCGUUUGUCGGUAAACGGGGGAAAAAAGAUAAGGUCGACGACGGGAACGAGAGGAGAGGGCCGAGUGAUAAGCCGGAAGAAGUUUCUUCUCGUGACGCGACGGUGAGAGCUCCGUCGCAACUCAAACAGUCGGAUGAUCUCGGAGAUACAAAAACUCGGGGAAAAGAUACAAAAAAAGUAUCGUUCCUUGAAUUCUUUCGCACCCUCGCCGAUUUCGCGUCCGAAUUUCGCGCUUUCAUCGAACAAAAUCCUCGCGAAACUCGCAUCAUUCGCGUCCUGAGAAAUCGUUGUUUCGUCGAAUUACUAUUCGCCAUUAUUUAUUGCGGUCUCGGCGCAUUUGUCUUCCGUUUUACCGAGGGCGCCUUCGAAACUUUUUACAAAUGUGGUGUUAAACGCGUCAAACGCGAUUUUCUCGAUACCUUGUGGAACUUCAGCCAUAACAUGCGGGAGGAAGAUUGGAAAAGUAUGGCAAGAAGAAAACUUAUGGAAUUCGAAGAACAAUUGCACACCGCUCACGAAGCCGGUGUUCAUUCUUACAGUGGACAGAAAAGCUGGAGCUUUCUGAACGCGGUUCUCUAUUGUCUUACAGUCAUCACUACUAUUGGAUAUGGUCACAUAGCACCGAGCACCACCACUGGAAGAGCCAUAACGAUCGUUUACGCGAUAUUCGGAAUACCAAUGUUUCUAAUUAUACUCGCUGAUUUUGGUAAACUUUUUACGAGGGGCAUCAAAUUUCUGUGGGCGUUCGUGAGAAGGGUUUAUUAUACCGGAAGUUGUCGGAGAGUCAGAAGAACCGUCCCAGUUCAGGAAGUCAUGAAAGGAGUUCAAAUAGUCUACGAUUUAGCAACGUUUCGACGUCCUUCUCAAAUGAAUUCAGAGGAGAUCGAGGAAAUGGAAAAACAGCAAAAUCAAACACAAACCGUUUUAAAUCUCGAUGGAAACGCUCCACCCUCUGCUCAACCGCACACGCCGGGAACACCGGGAACACCGGCGUUAUCGACUUUCGCUAUCGACGACGAAUUCAAUUUGCCUAUUUCCGUCGCGAUAAUUAUCCUACUUGUUUAUAUAUUCGUCGGUGCGACCGUGUACACGUUUUGGGAACAGUGGGCAUUCUUCGAGAGCUUCUAUUUCGUUUUUAUCUCGAUGAGCACCAUUGGUUUUGGUGAUUUUGUACCAAGGAUGCAUCCGAUUUAUAUGAUGCUGUCGAUAGUUUAUCUGGUGUUUGGACUGGCGUUGACUUCGAUGUGCAUUAACGUUGUUCAAGUCAUGUUAUCGGAAUCUUUCCGACAAGCGAGUCAGAAGAUCGGUGCAACGAUUGGUUUCGAAGUGACCGAAGAGGACGGUUCGGUCCACCCAGCGGCACCUCCACCGGUUGAGAUGGCGGACGUCCAUACAACAAUUAAAGAAUCUGAGAGCGAGGAGCAAAUUGCGCCGAAAGCUAAACAGGAAGAUCUCGAGCUCUGAAGGCUUAUUAUCGCGAUCGCGAAAUCCAUGAUGAUUCGUCGUCCGGAUUGAAAAUGUUGAUUCGACUCUAUCGACGAUUUGCCGCAGCUUAAAACGCGCUGAUCGUUUUUUCACCCGCAUCCGUAACGCACCCGUCGUAAUGAAAAUCUACGAGCUUCGCGUACACUUCGAAUUAUUGUAAAUAUCGUGAUAACCGAGCAACGGGAUAAAAGUAUUUAAUGUACCGAUGAUAUCGUCGGCAAAAUCACUACAGCUAUUGCCAAACGAAAAAGAUUAUUGAAAAAAGCAUAAUUCGCGAGAAUUUUUCACGUUCUUAUUAUAAUAUACAUAUAUUUACAACAUAAACGAUAAAUAUAUUUUUCGUAGCUGCGUGUCUAUUGACAAUAAGGCUAAUCGAUUCGAAGGUUGUAUUACUUGUAACUAACAAAUUCUUACUCCGCAUCUUUUUGUUCAAUUUUCCUUGAGCUGUUUCCUUUGUUUGGAAAAGAAGAACGAGUAUCGAACGAAAAAUUUAAAAUCUAGUUUUUUUUUUUGAAUAUGAAGGGAAAUCAAAUUUAGAGGAAUAAGGAAAACAGUUUUGCCAAAUGUUUCCGCAAUCGGUUAACAAAAUUAUUAUUAUUAUUAUUAUUAUUUUUUUUUUUCAGAGACGGAAGAAACGUUCGUCAUUCGCACACAUAAGAUAUUAAAUUUUGUGAACAUCAUGGCAAAAGUAACGAGUACGAAUUAUAAAUAAAUGUUUGAUCAAACGUUAAACAUUAAGCUGAUUGUGCAAUUGCAACUUAUUCAAAAGUUAUUGAUACAGUCAAUUUUUUGUAAUUCAUAACGAAUGGAAAUGGAGGAGAAAAAAAUUUAUUAUAUCGUUAUUCAUCAUUCGCAACGAUGAAUCACUGGUAAAAAUAUUAAAAAAAAAAAAAAAACAAGAGAACUUAAAUUUUCCUUUCGCGUUAAAAAUUUCAGAUAUUCAAAGUUCGGCGUCUCGUUCAUACACAUAUAUAAAAAACAACACUACUUAUUCGUUCAGAUUUUUCAUUUGUUUAUUGAGGAUUAUAUUCCAAAAGUGUUGCAGAAUAAGGAACACCACGCUGCUCGCAUCGAUACUAAUGAACGCAUCAAACAAAAAGGUGCGAAACAUGGAUAUAUGAAAAAAAAUUGUGCCUUUUAAAUAUGAAAAAAUGAACUCUAUAUUGUUUACAUUACCGUAAAUUUUAAUUGCCGAAAGUAUCUUUAUGCCAUGUGAUUCGCACACAGAAAAUUUGUAACAGUGAUGAAAAAAGUAAAAAAACAAACGAAAGAAAUAUUCAAGAAGCUUACAGGCGUCAAAUUAUCGUCAAUCGAGUCAGCGAAAAUAUUUUCAUUCGUUAUGCCGACGCCUAUAAUUAUCUAUACUCGUAGCAAUUACUAUGUGAACCAAGAAUUAUGGCUUCAAUGAAUUAAUCUCGAUACGAAAAAAAAAAAAAAAAAAAACAGGAAUGGCUAUUAUUGUCGCGUACUAUGCAUCGCGCCCGUUAUCAUUAUACCUGACGUUAUCGAUUUUAAUGUAAUUCGUCAAUAAAAUAAGAAAAAAUUGCCGCAAGAGCAUAUUUUUCAUGUCGAAAUGUUCCUGAUUCAUUAUGCCUGUAAAAAAUGACAAAUAAAUAUAAUCGUCAUUACACAAUUUGAAA